AUGGGUGCCCAACAAUCCUCGGAGCAGAGUGACGCUCCGGGCACUUCCAACGCCACUGUCGCCAAGACCUGCUACUACGAUCUCCUGGGUAUCGACCGUCAAGCAACUGAUGAUGAGAUCAAGAAGGCAUACCGACGCAAAGCCCUCGAGCUACACCCCGACCGCAACAUCAACAACGUCGAGACCGCAACCCGCCGCUUCGCCGAGGUCCAAUCCGCCUACGAGGUUCUCUCCGAUCCUCAAGAGAGAGCCUGGUAUGACUCGCACCGCGAUGCCAUCCUCAGUGGCCAGGACGGCAACGACCCUGAUGCCCAGCCCACCACCUUCCGCAAUGUCCGCUUGACCUCGGCCGAGGAGAUCAUGAGCUUGAUGCGCAGGUUCAAUUCCACCGUUCCCUUCGAUGAUGAGCCCACUGGCUUCUUCGGUAUCGCCAGAGAAACAUUUGAGCAUCUGGCCCUCGAAGAGGAGGCUGCAGCCGAGCACGACAACGUCGACAUCCCAGAAUACCCCUCCUUCGGUUCCUCGGACGAUGAUUAUGAAUUGCUCGUCAAGCCAUUCUACGCUACCUGGGCCGGCUUCUCCACCGCCAAGUCCUUCUCCUGGAAGGACAAGUACCGCCUCUCCGAUGCCCCAGACCGCCGCGUCCGCCGUUUAAUGGAGAAGGAGAACAAGAAGAUCCGCGACGAUGCUAUCCGCGAGUUCAACGAUGCUGUAAACUUUCUCGUGGGCUUUGUACGGAAGCGCGAUCCUCGAUAUCUACCCAACUCCCAAUCUGAUGCCGAGCGCCAGGCAUCUAUGCGAAAUGCUGCUGCUGCGCAGGCCGCCAGGUCCCGGGCCGCCAAUCAGGAGCGGAUGGCCUCAUACGAAGUUCCCGAGUGGGCGCAGUCCAAAUCCGACGGCAGUCUUGGAGACGAGCACUUUUCCCAGUCAGAGGAAGAAUCAGAGGUGGAAAUCCUCGAGUGUGUGGUCUGCAACAAAUCGUUCAAAAGUGAGAAGCAGCUUGAGGCCCAUCUUAGGAGCAAGAAGCAUAUUAAGGCGGUGCAGCAGUUACGCCGCCAAAUGAAACGAGAAGGUGCCGACCUGCAGCUUGAUGAGGUCGAGCCCAAACCCUCCGCAGCUGCCACCCCUAGUCCGUUGUCUAAUAAUGAGAGGAUCGAUGAAGAGGAAGUCUCCGUCAACCCAGAGAGCUCUAUCCCAACGAAUACCACCUCAGACGAGCCGAGCUCAGCUGAGUCGGCCGAGGUCUCUGACGGUGACGAUUACGCACCGAGGAUCGUUGUUGAGGAGAGGCUUGCCUCUGGUAUAUCCAAGCCAGACAAUGGUGACACGGCUAGCAACCUUGAUACCGAGCUCUCUGCUGCGACACAAAACAUGGUGGUUGAUGAACCAGUGCAAGUGAAGAAGGUUGGAAAAGCCAAAGCUAAGAGAGAGAAGAAAGCUGCCGCUGCCGCUGCCCAGUCUGAGCAGGAUGAGAUCCAUCGAUGCUCCGUUUGCGGAGAGACGUUCACCUCCAAGACCAAGCUGUUCAAUCACAUCCGUGAAAAUGGCCAUGCGGCACCUGUCGCAAGACCAGGUGCUGGAGGCAAGAAGAAGAAGCGGUGA